UGUCAAGGUUUCAGCCUGUGUUUUGUUGGCGAUGUUUACCUUCUAUCGGUGUUUGUCGCUGUCUUUGGGAUGAGUCAAGCACCACCGAUCAGGUCUAUCAUCCCUCGAAGAUGAGAGUUCCAUCUGGCCCCCACCGGCAUUCCAGCAAGACACAUCACAUGAAGAAUCCGACUGCCUGGAAUUUUCUGUCUUACGAUUUCUUCUAGAUUCCUAGACCCAACGGUCCGGUCGAGUUCGUCCGCCCGUUCCGAAUCCGGCUAGGGCUAGUCUCCAGCACCAGCUGAAUCCACAGCUUGGUCUCGUCUAUCCCCGUUUGGGACCACAACGUCCGAGCCCAGCCCACAGCAGCUACAGCUUUGCUGCACGACCAGCGCGAAUUUAUUUUCCCCAAUAGUUCUGGCAUAAACGCCACCUGUAAGGAAGAGAUUAUGGAAAUCAGAUUUAUUGACCGGUUUUGUGCUGCAUUCCACAGUCAUGUGCGGCGCUGGGAGGCGCCGACUCCACAGAAUGCAAGACACGCGAGGUGGCGCGCCCCAGACCCCUGACCUUGAAUGAUGAUGGAGUCGACACUAUCGAACUCCAAUUUCCCUCCUGCAGCUUGUCAGCCAAGUCCCCCAAGAGCAACAGAGGUUCGAUGAGGGUGGAAAAUCAACACAGAUAAAUGGGCAGUGCCCCUUCCCUGCUAUCAUCCAUAAUCUCGGACCCCCAGCGCUCUCUUCAUCACCGCACCGCAUUGCCUCUCGUUAACUGUGCAAGACAAUCUAGCAAUGGCUUCCACUCGCUCAUCUUCUGGCCUGCGGGCUGUGUCUCUCUUUUGCCUUAUUGCCGCUUCUCAGGCCGUCCCUCACGGCAAUGUCUUCAAACGCCAGGGCACUUCGUCAACCCGCAAUGGAUGCUUCGUCAGCAACGUCAAUGACCAACGUCUUCUGUCCGCCUCUACCUACGCCAGUGAUGCCAUGACCGUCGAGAGCUGUGCGUCCUUCUGCUUUAGGCACAAGUACUUUGCUCUCGAAUUUGGCCGUGAGUGCUACUGCGGAAACUCCUACACUGCCCAGCCCGUCAGUGAUACCCAGUGCUCUAUGCCAUGCGCUGGCAACCCAGCACAGAAUUGUGGCGCCGGUAACCGUGUCGACCUCUACACCAACGGACUCUACGUUCCCCGAGCACCCGCCACCCUGAGCACACCUUACCUCGGUUGCUUUGUUGACGAGGGACCCCGUGUGCUCCCUAACAACCUCCUGGGCGCCAGUGAUAUGACAGCUGAGAAGUGUGCUGCCCACUGUUCCAACUAUUCUUACUUUGGGCUAGAGUAUGGCAGAGAGUGCUGGUGUGGAAACUCCAAGCCAAAGAACCCUGCCCCUGAAACAGAUUGCUCAUUCCCUUGCUCCGGAGACGACUCUCAGCUCUGCGGUGCCGGCGGCCGGAUCAAUGUCUGGGGAUCCCCUCUUCCUUCCCCUGAAAAUGUUGGCGACUUCGAAUACACUGGCUGCUUCACCGAUGCCGUUGGUCAGCGUUCGCUCAGAGGCAAGACCACCUACGACUCACAGAUGACCUUGGAGAAGUGUGCGGCCUCCUGCACCGGAUACGAUUACUUUGGCGUCUCAUUUGCGGAAGAAUGCUACUGCGGUGACACACUGGAGCCAACAGCCGAGGAGGUUCCCCAGGCCGAGUGCGCGAUGCGUUGCCCCGGCAACUACAACCAGGUCUGCGGCGACGCCAACAGGUUGAACGUCUACUCCAACGCCCAGUGUCUCCCGGAUCCGGAAAGCCCACUCAGCGUCCCCGGCUUCAACUACCAGGCCUGCUGGACCGAUCAGGUUGGCGACCGCUCCCUUCGCGAUGUCGUGGAGCGUAGCGACAACAUGACUGUCGAGACAUGCGCCGCCAUUUGCGAGGACUUCAACUUCUUUGGUGUCGAGUUCGGCAGGGAAUGCUUCUGUGGCAACACCCUCUACGGAGAGGUGGCACCUGCUAGCGAUUGCACUUUCCGGUGCGCCGGUGACUCGACACAGCUCUGCGGUGCUGUUGACCGGUUGAACCUGUACUAUGCUACUGUUCCCCCAACCACGACAUCGACUGUUGCCACACCUACUCCUACACCUACCCUCCCUGUUGAAGAAGAGGAUGAUGGGGAGCCCACUGCUACCACUGAGACCCCAACUCCCACUUCCACUCUCCCCGGCGGUGACGAGGAGGAUGAGGAGCCCACACCUGUGUCCACUGCCGUGGAUGCUGAGCCCACUGACACCGACGUGGAGGAUGAGCCCCCCGUUGAGACUGACGUGGAAGACGAAGAGGACGAUGAGGCUCUUCCCACUCCUACUCCCAACUAAGCGAUAUUAUCGUGACUCAUGAAACAGGUGUGUUUUGCUCGCGUUUUUUUCUUUUUGGUUUGUUUGGGAUACCAUGCGCAGCAAUAUUGCUCAUCUUAUGCUGUAGCCACGAUCAUUUGGAUUUACUUUGUUAGUUGAGCAUGGCAAUGUCACACAAGGGACUCGUAUAUGUCACUCAUACAUUUUUAUCUGUUUCACUUCCUCGGAUACUGCAUAGCGGUACUUGUCUCGUGUUAAUGUGGUGAUAUUUGUUG